AUCCCACCCCUUACCAAUCCAAUCCCCCACCACCCCACUGACCAUCACUUUGAGAAAAAAACAGCAUCAUAGCCCUCACUCUUUCACUUAUCGGGGCCCUCCACCUGACACUCGACAUCCUCAUCCUAACCCGCUCAUCGCUGAAUAAAAUAUACAUAGCCGUCCUGUACAGCAUCCUCAUAGUCUGUUGGAUAAGCAUCUCCGGAGUAGAAUUCGUUGAGGUCGGAAACCUGGACGAGCAUGCAGGGGGUGCCUUCAACUUGAGGAUUGACUCGAAAAUCUCGGCCGGAUGCAAUGUGAAGAACAUGACCUUCAACCAUGUGCCCGGGGAGCCAUAUGUCACUCACUGCACCUUACCCGUUAUUAGGUGCUCGUUUUCUUGGGCUAUGGUGUAUGUCAGGUCCCUUUUUUUUUAUCAUACCUCCUUUCUUAAAAACAUAACACAAAGUAUCAUAAAAAACUUAUUCCGCGAGGAAAUAAAUUGACCUGAUGGGGUUGGAUGCGCUUAUUAGGGUUCUGUAUAUCGCUGCCAGUAUCUACGUCACGAAGGGGGUGAAAGUGUCCGCAAAGACGCUCGGCCGCUCAACAAUGGCGCAAGGAGGCAAUAAUGAGGAAAGGUCGGAUACCGAUCCGCUGUCGAGCGUGUACUCUGGCAGGGUGGUGAGGGCUGUCAUACGGGAGCAAGAUGGUGAGAUGCCGAAGACCAGUUUGGGCGAGGACUACCCCAAGGGGGUUGUGGAGAAAGUUUUUGUUUAAUACAUGACGGAUUAAUGAUUUUUGUCACAUUAAUGUAUUGAUUUCUUUAUGAUGUUAUGGACUAUUCUCUAUUGGGUGGGUCGGACCCGCAUUUCCUCUACGAAUACUGAGGCACCGAUCGAUUGCUACCGACACUUUGAGGAUCUUUAGUCAAGAGAAUCUUAGAUUUAUAUUUAGAUUUUUCCUUC